ACAGACUCAGGCUCAGGAGCACCAGACUUUUACACCAGUGGAUUUUAACUUCUUGAACCAAGAACGUCUGCAGCUUUUGGUUCACUUUAGGUCAACAAGGUGAAGAGGACGUGGUUGACUUUGGGUUGGCUUCACCAUUGCACCCCGCAUCAUUAUGACCUCUAAGUCGUGCAGCCUGGCCGUUCUGGGGGGGAAGCAAUCUCUCCUGUCUCAUCCGUCCUGUCAAAGGCUGGUCAGUAAAGAUGGCCGCUGCUCGCUGAGUUCUGGGCCUGUGGGACAGGGCCGCUGGCUGUUGGCUCUACAGGACAUGUGGGGGCUCAUGUUGGGGCUGCGCUGGCGGUGGGUGGUUCUGGCCUUUUGCCUGUCCUUCUUGUGCCACUGGCUGCUGUUCGCCUGCCUUUGGUACCUCCUAGCUCACUUCAAUGGAGACCUGGACGUCCCAAACCAUGAUGCCCCUCCAGAGGGGCAUGUGGUGUGUGUGAAGUACAUCACCAGCUUCACUGCAGCCUUCUCCUUCUCUCUUGAAACACAGCUCACCAUAGGAUACGGCACCAUGUACCCCAGCGGAGACUGUCCCAGUGCUAUUGCUCUGCUGGCAGUGCAGAUGCUGCUGGGGCUCAUGCUGGAGGCCUUUAUCACAGGUGCAUUUGUAGCAAAAAUUGCUCGUCCACAGAAGCGAGCGGGUGCCAUUCAGUUCAGCCCAGAAGCAGUUGUGGGACAGCAUCAAGGCCAGACCUGCCUUAUGAUCCGGGCCACCAACCUGCUGCAGCGCCCCCUGGUGGAUGUGAGGCUCAGCGCGGUGCUCUACCAGGACUGUGAGGGGCAGGCCUUACACCAAACAUCUGUGGACUUUUACUUGGACCAGUUAGGAUCCCAGCCUUGCCCCCUGUUCCUCUUCCCCCUCACAUGGUUCCAUCCUCUGGACCGCCGCAGCCCACUGUUUCCCAUUCUAUGUGAGAGCUCCACAACCCACUUUGAGCUGGUGGUCUUCCUCUGGGCACAGGAGGGCAGUGGGGACAGCUGUCAGAAGAGGACGUCCUAUCUGAGGCCGGAAGUGCAGUUUGACCGCAGGUUUGUAGCCGCUCUGGGGAUGGACAGUCACGGGAAGUUUAAAAUCAGCCCUCAGCAUUUCAGCACAGCUCACUCCAAACCUCUGGACAAAGACUGUGUGGUGCAGAUCAACGGGGAUGGAAAUGACUGGACAGAGUAGGCGGACCUUAAAAGGACUGUUCGCUUUUGUUAGCUGUCAAUCAUUAGUUCUUUCAAUGUUGAUCUUGGACUCAAACCUAGAAAUGGACUCAGUGCAUGACUAAACCUUCUCAAUAAUACUCUCCUUUUUAGUGAAUGAUCUGCUGAAGCUGCAGAGCACAAAUGGUAUAGUUGUAUGUCUCUGGCAGAUGCUACACUAGGAACAAUAUGGCACAAUAUAGGAAAAGGAUGCAGUGCAUUCUCAAAACACAGUCACUUUAAUGUAUAAAAACUCAAAAUUAAUGGCCAUAUAUUUCACCAUACGUUUUCCAAAGAGUGAAACAUUUAUUUGUAGAUUUAAGCAAUUGAAUUAUGUGAUAUUGUGUAAUCUACUGUUCAAUAUUAUAAUUAUUAUAAACACUUUGAAUGGAUACAAUUACAUUUGCAACAUUUUCAGGGUGUGCCCUUGGAUAAUAAUCAGUGAUCACUGAAGUUUCAUCACUAUGCCUACUGCAUUCUUUGAAUAAAAGUAAUAUUAAAAAUAAUGCAUUUGCGCUUUUCCGUACACACAAACUAUUAUUGUUACUAAAAUAAGUCACAUCUAUCUAUUAUUCAUAACUGAUUAGCCCUCCAUCGUCAUAGUAACAUACAUACAUCAUAUAGUAACAGCCAUGUUUCCCACUAUUUCAAAGGGAGCUCCUGUUCUCUCUGUAAAGGACAUUUCUUCUGCUAGCGGCACACUGGACUAUUACAUGGGAACAGGAGGAGGCUUUAAAGGAGCACAGCCUCUUACUGAAUGUGGAGCAUGUUUUUAUUUCAUUCAAAGUAUUACAGUUUCUGUAUAACAUCAUUGAGUUCAUACUGGUACCAUUGAGCAAGUAUCUUUUUUUACUGUGGAUCACUGUGGACAUAUCGGCCGUAACCUCUCUUAUUUUUUUUGGUCUCUAUUCCACAGAAUGAGUUGUGUAAAAAGC